UUGGUCGAACGAACCAGUCAUACUAUGCAAAGCUCAUCUAAACCCUCUGACUUUCUUAACUUGGCCAAACAAAAGAGGAAGUUCUCCGAGUGACUCACUGCUGUGGUGCUACUAUGCCUUCUGACCCCAUCUUGGACUUCAUCUGGGAGAAUGUGGAGACAUUUGAACAGGCUCCUUUUCUGGAGCAUAUUUUCUUCUGUCACAUGUAGAAAAGCUGUAUUGGAUUGUGAGGCAAUGAAAACAAAUGAAUUCCCUUCUCCAUGUUUGGACUCCAAGACUAAUGUGGUUAUGAAGGGUCAAAGUGUAUCUAUGUUUUGCUCCCAUAAGAACAAAUCACUGCAGAUCACCUAUUCAUUGUUUCGACAUAAGACACACCUGGGAACCCAGACUGGAAAAGGUGAACCUGCAAUUUUUAACCUAAGCAUCACAGAAGCCCAUGAAUCAGGCCCCUACAAAUGCAAAGCCCAAGUUUGCAGCUGCUCAAAAUACAGCCGUGACUUCAACUUCACAAUUGUCGACCCGGUGACUGCCCCAGUACUGAACAUUACGGUCAUUCAAACAGAAACAGACCGACAUAUAACAUUACAUUGCCUCUCAGUCAAUGGCUCGCUGCCCAUCAAUUACACUUUCUUUGAAAAGCAUAUUGCCAUAUCACCAGCUAUUUCCAAGUACGACAGGGAGUCUGCUGAAUUUAAGUUAACCAGGAAGAAUCCUGGAGAAGAGGAAGAGUAUAGGUGUGAAGCUAAAAACAGAUUGCCCGACUACGCAGCAUACAGUCAAACUGUCACCAUGCCCUCAACAGGCGGAGACAGCUGUCCUAUCUGUCUGAAGCUACUGCUUCCGGGGUUAUUACUGCUGCUGCUACUGGUGAUAAUCCUAAUUCUGGCUUUUUGGAUACUGCCCAAAUACAAAGCAAGAAAAGCUAUGAGAAAUAAUGUGCCCAGGGACUGUGGAGACACAGCUGUGGAAGUUGGAAUCUAUGCAAAUAUCCAUGAAAAACAAGCAAAGGAGGGAUCUGUCCCAGAAGUGGGAUCCAGACCGUGUGUUUCCACAGCCCAAGAUGAGGCCAAACAUACCCAGGAGCUACAGUAUGCCAGCCCUGUGUUCUGGGAGGGGGCACCAAGACAGCAAGAUUUUCUUACAGUCUGGAGACCAGAAAACUACUGUUGUGACUGUUGUGUUGUUGCCUCUGCCACAGCUGCCUCACACCCAGAAAUGAGCCCACCGUGGAGGAGAGCUUUGCCACUGCGGACACUUGCUUCUCAGCCACAACCUUUUGCUUUCCAAACCCCAGCCUGGGCACCUCAUUGGCGGAAGAUACUCACAUCCCUGAUCCCAGGAAUACGUGUUGCUUCUUCCCAAGGAUUUAAAGGGGAGACCUGACCAGACGAAUGAUCAACAGUGGAUUUGUGAUGCCUGGAGCUCAUUUCCUUCUUUCUCCUUAACUGUCCUGGAAGGAAACGGACUAGUGCCUUAUCUCUGACUCUUCCACAGCACACACCCACCAUCAGAGACAGUAACUGAGAUCUGCAGUAGCACAGAAACUUAGAGGUUAGAAAAAUUAGACACCUAAGGAUUUCAUGACUCCAGACCUGUUUCCUUAGCAUAAUACCACACCAGUAAGUGAAAUACAACUUAUGAAAUUUUGUAAAUAAAUUCUAUAAAAUUUUUGGUAAAAAUUUAUCAUUAAAAAAUUAUUAAAAGCAAUUGGGUUAGAAGGAAGUUCUGUCAAAAUACAAUCCAGGUGUGCAGUUCUUUGCUAAAUUUAGAAGUGGUUACUACUGAGGCAGUCUCAAAAAAAGCAUAAGAGGACUUUAUGGGGUGAUGCAAAUUUUCUACAUUGCCUGUGUAGAGAUGGUUAUACAUUUAUCAAUACUCGUUAAUUUGUACAUUUAAAAGAGGUAAAUUUAUUGUAUGUAAAUUGUAUCUUAAUGAAACUGAUUAAAACACACAUACAAACCCCA